AUGUCGGUCCCCUACCAGGACGGAAAAACGGCGGCGACAGAGAAGAAUGUCGAACAUUCCCCCUCGCCGCCGAUGAGUGAGCAGCAUGAAGCAGCAGCAAUACAUGAUCUGGAUGAGAAGCGGAUUCUGCGAAAGUUGGACCGUCAUCUGCUUCCUGGAGUCUGCGUUCUUUAUUUGCUUUCGUUCCUGGAUCGCAGCAAUGUGGCCAACGCGCGACUGGAAGGAUUGCUGGACAAAGACAUUGGUCUGAAUAUGACAGUCAACCAGUACUUGACUGGGCUAACGCUAUUCUUCGUUGGCUACAUCCUGCUCGAGGUACUUUGGAACGUCAUCUUAAAGCGAAUUGGGCCCAAGAUAUGGCUGCCUUUGAUCACUUUCGUCUGGGGUAUUGUGGCAACGCUUCAAGGCGUUGUUGUGAAUAACGGUGGUCAAACGGGAAUGAUAGGCUUCUUCAUCGUAAGAUUCUUUCUCGGCGUUACCGAGGGGGGUCUAUUCCCGGGCGUGGUGUUUUACUUGAGCAUGUGGUAUAAGCGGGCUGAAAGACAAUACCGAAUCGCUCUCUUCUUCGGCAUGGCCUCGCUGGCCGGAGCAUUUGGUGGCAUAUUGGCCUAUGGCAUUGGGUUCAUGAGAGGCGUGGGCGGCCAGGCAGGAUGGAUCUUUAUCAUUGAAGGUCUGCUAACAAUUGUAGUCGCUAUUGCGGCAUUUUGGUUCAUCGCAGAUUGGCCAUCGAAAGCAAAGUUCAUCACCACUGCUGAAAGAGAAUACGUCAACGCUCGACUCAAGGACGAUAGCGACGCUACACAAAACGAAGGGUUCAGCUGGUCGAAUGUAUGGUCGGCCGUCAAAGAUCCCAAGGUGUGGCUAUACAAUGCCGUCUUCCACACUUUGAGCCUGCCCCUUUACACGCUUUCGCUUUUCCUGCCUAGUAUCAUCAAAGCAUUAGGCUAUCAAAAUUGGGAAGCACAACUCCUCACCAUCCCUCCUUACGCACUCGCCACGAUUUUGACCAUCGGUUAUGCAAUCGUGUCAGAGCGCUGCCACAUCCGUGCUCCCUUCAUCAUUGCCUCAUCGCUGACUGCAAUCAUUGGCUACUGCAUUCUGCUCGGCAACAGCGAUCCUGUUGCCCGUCCAGGAGUGAGCUAUGUGGGUGUAUUCUUCGCAGCUGCUGGAAUCUACCCUUCGGUUGCGCUGGGACUGAGCUGGCCAGCGAUGAACGUCAGCGGGCAGACUAAACGUGCCGCUGCAAACGGUCUCCAAAUCACGAUCGGAAAUCUAGGAGCUGUCAUUGGGACGCAACUAUAUCGCCAAGACGACACGCCAAGGUACAUUGUGGGCCAUAGCGUCUCCUUGGCAUAUCUGGUUGGGAAUAUUGUUGUGGUGUCGACAUUGUGGUGGUAUUUGCGGAAGAUCAACAAUGAAAGGGACAGGCGUGCUGAAUUAGAGCCUCAGGCACUCGAGGGGGAGUGGAUGGGAGAUGAGGAUCCUCGAUGGAGGUUCAGGAUUUGA